UAUUUAUGUUAAUAAAACAACAAAAUAAAACAAAAUCAUCAAAUAUAAAUGACAAUAAUCAACAGCAAAUAUCUUCGGAUAUAUUAGUGAAUAAUAGACCACUCAAUGCUAUAAAUAAUGAAAGGACUACUGAAAGACUUAAAGACUUUGAAAAAAGAACAGCCCAUAAUGCCCUUGAACGUCAUAAGAGAGAAGGUCUUAAUUCAAAAUUUCAAGAGCUUGCUCAUGUUCUACCAUCAUUACAACAAAUUCAACGUCCUAGUAAAAGUACAAUUGUUGCAAAAUCACUUGAAUUUGUUUCUAAAGCCAAAGAAAGAGAAACAGACUUUAAUGAUCGUAUCCAAGCAUUACGUAAAGAAAAUGAACAGUUGAUGAGACAAGCAAGUCGAGCAGAGAAGCGUAUUCGAAGGCGUCUGGAACAUGAAAAAGUGAUGAUGACUAAUAAUAAACAACAGGCAACAGUCUUUAUGGAAAAAAGCUCUUUUGAUCAAGCAAAUUCUAGUUUGGAAAAACAAAAAAAAGAUCAUGAGGGUAGUAGUAGAACGAAAAAAGAAAAGGUUAUAAAGUCUGUUAUUACGUUAUCAUCUAUGGCAAACGCUUCUUUAAAGAGAAUAAGAGAGCCUACAGAUGCUUUAAAUGGAUUAAUGAUAGAUACAACAUUACCUACAUUAAAAAAGAAAAGAGGAACUAAAAAGAUGGAGACAUUCUCUUGUACACCGUUUUCUUCUAUACAAGCUUCUUCUUCUGCUGCUGCUGCUGCUGGUAGUACGAUGAUAGAUUUAGUAGUAAAUGACAUGACCCAUGCAGCCUCUUAUCAAGCCAUGAAUCAAAGCAAUCUACCAUCAUAUCAUCAUAGUCAUUCGUCAUCAUUAACAGAUAAGAUAAUUAAUCAUUCAGAUUUACUCUAUAAUAGCAUGAGUCUACCUUUAUCAUCCAUUCAUAACACAAAAAACACAGAUGAAUUAGGUAACUUCUCUGAGAGUCAACAAUCUAAAGUGUCACCAUCAGCCGAUAAUGAGCCUAUUAUAAACUAUAAUAAUAAUGUCAAAUAUAUUGUAAGCUCAAUCCCUGCUACAAAGACACCUAUUGGUACUGGUCAUCAACGACAGAACUAUAACUAUACGCCGACAACUUCUUCUUUUGAUAUAUUUAACACAUGUAUGCAAAAUCCUAAUAAUUGGCAUUGAAAUAACUAUAUAAUAUUAUUAUUUUUUAUUUUUUUUUUCAGUUGAGCAAAUAAUACCAUUCAUCUUAUGGCCCAUCUUUAAUUCAUUUCUUAUACCCUUUAUCUAUAUUAUACAUAGGCUAAUUUAAUUGAUGGGCGUGCCCUUCUUAAACUUUUUUUUUUUAAAAAAAAACAUUAUACACACAUUAUACAUAUUAUAUUUUAAGUUUUUAUUAUGUGUAAAAUAAUAAUGAUAAUAAUAAACAGAAUAAAACAAUGUGUUUUC